AUGAAGAGUAGAGGGGCAGCAGCCUUGGUUCUCUUGGCUCCCAUCAUAGAAAUAAUGAUCGACGGUCCAAUUUACGCUUCAGCUUCUGGUGCCAAGCUUGCACAGCCAGUGGUUUUGGUAGACUCCAAGGAGUAUCAGGGAGGUGUCGCAGUUCCUUCUCUCUCUAGCCGACUGGCAUACCCAACUGCUACACGUGCUCAGACUCACAGCGUAGUGUCAGAAUUGACUCGGCUUGUUUCAGGAAUCGAAAAGUCAGAAGUAGUAACAUCAUGGAGGGAUGCUUUUUGGCAGCAAGCUGCCGUGGGAUCCUUCUGCCACCGGUCUGUGGUUCUUGCAGAUGGUUACUACCUUGAGUUCCGAGCUGUGGGAAAGAGGGUUAGCAGAGUGGUGGAAGAAGGAUUGUGGGAGAAUGGACUUUCCUAUGAGUGUAGGACCCUGCUCUUCAAAGCAAUUCAUAAUCUUCUGGAAAGGUGCUUGAUGGAUAAAAACUUCGUAAGAAUUGGAAAAUGGUUCAUAAGACCCUAUGACAAGGAUGAGAAGCCUGUUAAUAAAAGUGAACAUUUGUCGUGUGCCUUCACAUUCUUUCUUCACGGGGAAAGCAAUGUGUGCACGAGUGUGGAGAUCGCUCAACACCAGCCCAUCUACCUGAUCAAUGAAGAGCAUAUCCAUAUGGCCCAGUCCUCACCGUCGCCGUUCCAAGUUUUGGUGAGUCCUUAUGGUUUAAGUGGUACACUCACGGGCCAGUCAUAUAAGAUGUCAGACCCAGCAACGCGUAAAUUGAUGGAGGAGUGGCAGUAUUUUUACCCUAUGGUGCUGAAGAAGAAAGAAGGGAUGAAAGAGGACGACGAGUUGGGCUAUGACAACGAUUUCCCUGUGGCAGUUGAAGUCAUUGUCGGUGGUGUAAGGAUGGUAUAUCCUUCAGCCUUUAUUCUCAUCUCCCAGAGCGACAUCCCCAUGUCUCAGAAUGCUGCCAAUACUGGAGGCCAUAUAAAUGUGGGACAGCAGGGGCUUGGAAGCGUGAAAGAUCCUGCUAGUACCUGUGGGAUGCCACUCACUCCACCCACUUCUCCAGAGCAGGCCGUUGUGGGAGAAAGCGGCUGCUCUCAGAGCACCAUCAGCCAUUCAGCUGUACAGGAGGGCACAGUCAGUGUACAGAGUCCAAAGAAAUCAGGCAAGAUUACUCCAAAAUUUCACAAUCAUAUGGUUCACCGUGUCUGGAAGGAGUGCAUUCUCAACAGGUCGCAGUCCAAGAGGAAUCAAAUUACGACUGCAAAUUUGGAAGAGGAAGUUCCUAACAAUACUGUUUCUUGGGAUUUUGUGGAUCCAGUCCAAAGAGUCAGUUGUUCUUGUUCCAGGCACAAGGUUUUCAAACAGCGUUGUGCUGCUGGCUCCAGCCGUCCCCCAACGAUAAAUCAGCCAGGAUUCAGCGUGGGAACAUCAUCAGCAUCAUUGCCGCCUCCCGCCUCUUCAAAGCACAAAACAACAGAGAGACAGGAAAAAGGAGAUAAACUGCAAAAAAGGCCUAUGAUGCCGUUUCACCAUCGGCCCUCUGUGACUGAGGAGCUGUGCAUGGAGCAGGACGCAGCAGGGCAGAAACGGGGGUUAGCAGGAAGGGAGCCCUCUUUAGAAGUCGCUAAUUCCAGAAAAUACGAGAAGCCGCUAUCUAUACCUGCUAGAAAUCCAAGCAAGCAAAUGAAUAUGAAUCCUAUGGAUUCACCCCAUUCCCCUACUUCCCCUCUGCCUCCCACACUUAGCCCCCAGCCGAGAGGUCAGGAAGCAGAGAACCUGGACCCGCCGUCCAUUCCUGUAAACCCAGCACUCUAUGGCGGUGGGCUGGAGCUCCAGCCGUUGCCCACCUUAGACGAUAGGACAGUCCUGGUUGGGCAGAGGUUGCCUCUGAUGGCAGAGGUCAGCGAGACGGCGUUGUACUGUGGGAUCGUCCAGAACAGCGAGUCGCUCGACAUGUGGAGGACAUACAGCGUCCCAUGCAGUGAUGAUCCAGAGUUCCGGCCGCCCGAUCUUCCCUGCGAGAGAUACGAUACCAAGAUGGAAAUCAACUCGGACAGCACUGCACUGAAAAGGCUCUUAGCACAACCUAAUAAACGGUUUAAAAUUUUGGAAGAGCAGAAACCAGUGCAGACACUGAACUAUCUUGAGCCGUUUCCUCUAAUACAGCAACCUGGAGAAGGCUUGGGAGACACUAGUGAUCCUUACACUUUUGAAGAUGGUGAUAUAAAGUACAGCUUCACUGGCAAUAAAAAAUGCAAACUUGGGGCUGAGAAAGAUCCUUUGAAAAAGAACAAGUCAGAAGAUGGGAUUGGUACCAAGGAAAUCCCCACAACGGGUCAUUCUACACCAGUUCCUGAAGGAAAAGAUGCCAUGUCUAUUUUCAGUUCUGCUCCCAAGACUGAUACUCGGCAGGACAGUGCUGCAGGCCGAGUAGGCUCUGGUAGCCUCACACAGGUGACGGAUCUGGCUCCAUCGCUUCAUGAUCUAGAUAACAUCUUUGAUAAUUCAGACGAAGAUGAGCUUGGUGCUGUAUCACCAGCUCUUCGGUCAUCGAAAAUGCCCGCGGUAGGGUCUGAGGAACGCCCUGUGGGGAAGGAUGGUAGGACAGCAGUACCCUACCCACCAACUGUGGCAGAUCUCCAAAGGAUGUUCCCAACACCACCUUCUUUAGAACAACACCCUGCCUUCUCCCCGGUAAUGAGUUACAAAGAUGGAAUAAGUUCAGAGACCGUGACUACCUUGGGAAUGAUGGAAAGUCCCAUGGUCAACAUGGUUCCCACACAGCUUGCUGAGUUUAAAAUGGAGGUGGAAGAUGGAUUAGGUAGCCCUAAACCUGAAGAAAUUAAGGAUUUUUCGUAUGUGCACAAAGUUCCAUCAUUUCAACCUUUUGUGGGCUCCUCUGUAUUUGCUCCACUGAAGAUACUGCCAAGUCAGUGCCUCCUACCUCUGAAGAUACCAGAUGCCUGCAUUUUCAGGCCUUCUUGGGCUGUUCCUCCUAAAAUUGAACAACUUCCUCUGCCGCCUGCAGCCACUUUCAUUAGAGAUGGCUACAACAAUGUGCCUAGUGUGGGGAGUUUGGCUGACCAAGACUAUCUUCAGAUGAACACUCCUCAGAUGAAUACACCAGUGACGCUAAAUAGCGCUGCUCCGGCCAGCAACAGCGGAGCAGGAGUUCUGCCGUCACCAGCAACUCCCCGCUUCUCUGUCCCUACCCCACGCACCCCCAGGACCCCAAGGACUCCUAGAGGCGGGGGCACUGCGAGUGGUCAAGGAUCUGUAAAAUACGACAGCACAGAUCAAGGUUCACCUGCUUCUACCCCGUCUACGACACGGCCGCUUAAUUCCGUGGAGCCAGCCACCGUCCAGCCGAUCCCAGAAGCCCACAGCCUGUACGUCACCCUGAUUCUUUCGGACUCCGUGUUGAACAUCUUCAAAGACCGUAACUUCGACAGCUGUUGUAUAUGCGCCUGUAAUAUGAACAUUAAAGGUGCGGACGUUGGGCUCUACAUCCCAGAUUCAUCCAACGAGGAUCAGUACCGUUGCACCUGUGGCUUUAGCGCCAUUAUGAACCGCAAAUUAGGUUACAACUCCGGGCUCUUCAUUGAGGAUGAGCUGGACAUUUUUGGCAAGACCUCAGACAUUGGCCAAGCUGCGGAAAGACGACUGAUGAUAUGUCAAAGCAAUGUGCUCUCUCAGAUGGGAGAGGGAGCUCGAAGGACCCAGGAACCUCCAAUGAGCCUCCUCCUCCUCCUCCAGAAUCAGCACACACAGCCCUUCACAUCGCUGAGCUGCUUGGAUUAUAUGUCCUCCAAUAACCGCCAGGCGCUCCCGUGUACGAACUGGAGUUACGACAGGCUGCAGGCAGACAGUAACGACUCCUGGAUAGAGUGCUUCAAUGCCCUUGAGCAAGGCAGGCAGUAUGUGGACAACCCCACCGGCGGGAAGGUGGAUGAAGCCCUCGUAAGAAGUGCCACUGUCCAUUCUUGGCCUCACAGCAACG